AUGGAGACUCUGCUUGGUGGGCUGCUGGCUUUUGGCAUGGCGUUUGCUGUGGUCGAUGCCUGCCCCAAGUACUGCGUCUGCCAGAACCUGUCUGAGUCACUGGGGACCCUGUGUCCCUCCAAGGGGCUCCUCUUUGUGCCCCCUGACAUUGACCGGAGGACGGUGGAGCUGCGCCUGGGUGGCAACUUCAUCAUCCACAUUGGCCGCCAGGACUUUGCCAACAUGACAGGACUGGUGGAUCUGACCUUGUCUAGGAACACAAUCAGCCACAUCCAGCCCUUCUCCUUUCUGGACCUCGAGAGUCUCCGAUCCCUGCACCUCGACAGCAACCGACUGCCCAGCCUUGGGGAGGACACGCUCCGGGGCUUGGUCAACCUGCAGCACCUUAUCGUGAACAAUAACCAGCUGGGUGGCAUCGCUGAUGAUGCCUUUGAGGACUUCCUGCUGACGUUAGAAGAUCUGGACCUGUCCUACAACAACCUCCACGGACUACCCUGGGAUUCUGUCCGGCGCAUGGUCAACCUCCACCAACUGAGUCUGGACCACAACCUGCUGGACCACAUCGCCGAGGGCACCUUUGCAGACCUUCAGAAGCUGGCCCGCCUGGACCUCACGUCCAAUCGGCUGCAGAAGCUGCCCCCGGACCCCAUCUUUGCCCGCUCCCAGGCCUCCUUGCUGACCGCCACGCCCUUUGCCCCGCCCCUGUCUUUCAGUUUUGGGGGAAACCCCCUGCACUGCAAUUGUGAGCUUCUCUGGCUGCGGCGGCUGGAGAGGGAUGACGACCUGGAGACCUGUGGGUCCCCUGGAGGCCUCAAGGGUCGCUAUUUUUGGCACAUUCGUGAGGAGGAGUUUGUGUGUGAGCCGCCUCUCAUCACACAGCACACACACAAGCUGCUGGUUCUGGAGGGCCAAGCGGCCACUCUCAAGUGCAAGGCCAUUGGGGACCCUAGCCCCCUGAUCCACUGGGUCGCCCCCGAUGACCGCCUGGUGGGGAACUCCUCCAGGACUGCUGUAUAUGACAACGGCACCCUGGACAUCCUUAUCACCACCUCUCAGGACAGCGGAGCUUUCACCUGCAUUGCAGCUAACGCCGCAGGAGAGGCCACGGCCUCAGUGGAGGUCUCCAUUGUCCAGCUCCCACACCUCAGCAACAGCACUAGUCGGAUGGCUCCUCCCAAGUCUCGCCUUUCAGACAUCACGGGUUCCAGCAAGACCAGCCGGGGAGGGGGAGGCAGUGGGGGUGGGGAGCCUCCCAAAAGCGCCCCGGAGAGGGCUGUUCUUGUGUCCGACGUAACCACCACAUCUGCCCUGGUCAAGUGGUCUGUCAGCAAGUCAGCUCCCCGAGUGAAGAUGUAUCAGCUGCAGUACAACUGCUCCGACGACGAGGUACUGAUUUACAGGAUGAUCCCAGCCUCCAACAAGGCCUUCGUGGUCAACAACCUGGUGUCCGGGACGGGCUACGACUUGUGUGUGCUGGCCAUGUGGGACGACACAGCCACGACCCUCACGGCCACCAAUAUUGUGGGCUGUGCCCAGUUCUUCACCAAGGCUGACUACCCACAAUGCCAAUCUAUGCACAGCCAGAUCCUGGGGGGCACCAUGAUUCUGAUCAUCGGGGGUAUCAUUGUGGCCACCCUGCUGGUCUUCAUCGUCAUCCUCAUGGUCCGGUACAAGGUUUGCAACCACGACACCCCAGGCAAGAUGGCAGCAGCCACUGUCAGCAAUGUGUACUCACAGACCAAUGGGGCCCAGCCUCCACCUCUGGGUGGGGUACCUGUCGGGCAGCUUCCUCAGGCACCACCCAAGGUUGUGGUGCGGAAUGAGUUGAUGGACUUCAGUACCAGCCUGGCCAGGGCCUGUGACUCUUCUUCCUCCAGCUCCCUGGGAAGCGGGGAAGCUGCAGGCCUGAGCCGGGGUCCCUGGAGGCUCCCACCCCCUGCUCCUCGCCCCAAGCCCAGCCUGGACCGCUUGAUGGGAGCCUUUGCCUCCCUGGACCUCAAGAGUCAAAGGAAAGAAGAACUUCUAGACUCCAGGACUCCAGCAGGCAGAGGGGCAGGGACAUCGGCCAGGGGCCACCAUUCAGACCGAGAGCCACUCCUGGGGCCCCCGGCCACCCGUGCCAGGAGCCUUCUCCCUUUGCCCCUGGAGGGCAAGGCCAAAAGAAGCCACUCUUUUGACAUGGGAGACUUCGCAGCUGCAGCCGCAGCUGCUCCUGGUGGCUACAGCCCCCCUAGGCGGGUCUCAAACAUCUGGACAAAGCGCAGCCUGUCUGUCAAUGGCAUGCUCUUACCCUUUGAGGAGAGUGACCUGGUGGGAGCCCGGGGGACAUUUGGCAGCUCAGAAUGGGUAAUGGAAAGUACUGUGUAG